AUGAGUUCGACGUCAUUAUAUAGACAAGUACCAUUAUAUAUUCAACAGUAUUCAUCAUCUAAAUUAUCAAAUAUAAACUCUUUUCUGAAAACAACCCUAUGCGGUCGAAUAAUAGCAAACUCUUCUAUAGUCAAAAUAUUUGAAUUAAAUAAUAUUAAUAGAAAACUUCAACAAAAAUGUCAUAAUGCAUGUAAAAUUUCCUAUAAUGAUAUGUCAUGUGUAGUAUUGAUUGAAUCACAAGGAUUUUAUUCAAAAAAAGUUACAAAUAUUGAACUAAAAUAUCCUCAAGCAUUUACAAUUCUUUUACAUAAAAAUCUCUGGCAAUUUCAAGUACUAUUUCGAAUGUUAUAUUCUCGACAAAAUUAUCAUUGUAUUCAUUUGAAUUUGAAAGCAUCCGAUUGUCUUAUCCAAUAUGCAAAAAAAUUAGCACAAUGUGUCGAUAAUGUUUAUCUAUCACCAAGACAAUUUAAUGUGACGUCAAAUAAAAAAUUUUCCAUUUUACAAGCAGAACUUACCUGUCAAAUUCAUCUAUUAAAACAAUCUGAAAAAUGGAAAUAUUACAUGAUAUUAACUGGUCAAGAUUUACCUAUUCAAACAAAUUAUGCUCGAUUACAAAUACUGGAAUUAUUAAACGGUUCUAAUUCUGUUCAAUCGAUUGACGAUCAUCAGAAAGAAAUGAUGGUGAUAGAAGAAAAUUAUGUAAAAAAGGUGUCUUUAUAUAGAGGAUCACUUCAUGCAGUAUUAUCACGAUCGUUUUUAGAAUCUCUUCAUAAAAGUAAAACAGCAUACGAUAUACUCAAAUAUUUGAGAGACACUGAUUUAUCACAUGAAUAUUUUUAUGCCGCCUUAAAUCAUCUAAAAGAGUUUCCCGGUAUUGGUCAACAUACCAAACAUAUUUUAUCACAUUUUAUUGCUGAUGAUAAACAGCAUCCAUUUACCUGGACAGAUUUACCGCUUAUUGAAAAAAGUGGUCAAUUGUUUGCUGGUGAAUUUGAUCAAGAAAUUGAUCUAGUGGGAAUUGAUUGUCUCGAACAAUGGUUAAAUGUGAAACAAUCAAAUUUAAUUGAUGAAUCGUUGAAUUGA